AUGCUUAGAAUUAGUACGCUUAUUCUUGUUUUUUCCGCUAUUUAUUUGACAUUUGGAUAUGAAAGUCCAAUAGAAGAGAAAGAUUUCAAAAAAAUCUUAAAGCAACAUAAAAAUGUUCUUGUACUUAGUGCACCCAAUGAUCAAAGUGCCAAGGCAACUCUUCAAAUAUUUAAACAAAUUGAAGAGGAAAUAAGAGGACGUGGUACAUUGGUAUAUGUCAAUUGCGAGAAAGGAAAAAAACUUUGUAAAAAGCUCAAACAUGACUCCACCAAUGCUGAAUUACGACAUUUUCAAGAUGGUGAUUUUCAUAAAGUAUAUGAUCGUUCACUUGCAGCAAAAUCUAUGAUCAAUUUCAUGCUUGAUCCUAAAGGUGAUAUGCCAUGGAAUGAAGAUCCUCUUGCUGGUGAUGUUCUUCAUUUACAUACUGCUAAAGAUUUUCAAAAAACAUUGAAACAACCCUUACCAUCAUUAGUUAUGUUCUAUGCACCAUGGUGUGGAUAUUGUAAACGAUUAAAACCUGUUUUUGCUGAAGCAGCAACUGAUCUUCGUGGUCAAUAUAUCUUAGCUGGUAUGGACGUUGAUAAAGUUGAAAAUUAUCCAAUUCGUAAACAAUUCAAUAUAACCGGAUUUCCAACAACUAUUUAUUUCGAAAAAGGCCAACAAAAAUUUCAUUAUUCAGGUGGUCAUACUAAAGAUGAUAUUAUUAAUUGGCUUAAAAAUCCACAACCAGUAAAAGAAGCAUCAGAAGAAAAAGAUGAUAAACAAGAUUUCUUUCCAACUGAUAGUGAAAAUGUUAAUUAUAUUGUUCAUUUGAAUGAUACAACAUUCGAUGGAUUUAUUACGGAAAAUAGUCAAUCACCUAUUUUAGUAAUGUUCUAUGCACCAUGGUGUGGACACUGCAAAAAUAUAAAACCAGAAUUAAUUCAAGCUUCGAUUGAUUUACAUGAACAACAGCAUAAUGCUAAAAUCGUUGCUAUUGAUGCAACUAAAGCACCUAUUCUAUCAAAACAACAUAAAAUAACAGGUUUUCCAACAAUGAAAUUUUUCCGUGAUGGAAAAUAUGCAUUCGAUGCACAUGAAAGAACUGCUGAUAAAAUAGUUGAAUUUUUGAAAGAUCCAAAAGAACCACCACCACCUGAACGAGAAUGGUCUGAACAAGAAAGUGAUGUUAUUCAUUUAAAUGAUGAAAAUUUCAAAACUAUUCUUAAGAAAAAGAAAGCAGCUUUAGUAUUUUUUUAUGCACCAUGGUGUGGUCAUUGUAAAAAUGCUAAACCUUUGUUCACAAAAGCUGCAGAAGCAUUGAAAGAUAAUCCAAAAGUAGCUUUUUGUGCUGUUGAUUGCACAAAAAGUCAAGCAAUGUGUAAAGAACAUGAAGUACAAGGUUAUCCAACAAUAAAAUAUUUUAGUUUUGGAAAAUUUGUUUCAUCUUAUGAAGAUGCACGAACAGAAGAAGCUUUUGUUGAAUUUAUGACUAAUCCAGAAGAACAAUCAAAAAAAGUUAAACCAACACCAGCACCAGCUGAUCCAGCAGAAUUCUGGAAAGAAGCAACAGGUUAUGAACAUGUUCAUAUGCUUCAAUCAAAUACAUUUGAUUCAAUUGUUGGCCCCGCUAGUAAAGCAUUAGUUAUGUUCUAUGCACCUUGGUGUGGACAUUGUAAAACUUCUAAACCUGCAUUUGCAUCUGUUGCUUCACAACUCGCUUCGACACAUAAGGAUAUUGUUAUUGGUGCUGUUGAUGCAACUAUUGCAAGAGAUUUAGGCAUUAAAUAUGAAGUUAAAGGUUUUCCAACAUUUAAAUAUUUUGAAAAUGGAAAGUUUGUAUCUGAAUAUAAUGGCGGUCGAGGUGAACAAGAUUUUCUACAAUUUUUAACUGGCUCAACUGGUACAGUUCAGAAUGAAAGAAGGAUAUGGACACCAAGUGGAUUGUAUCAUUUAAUACUUACAUUUUUUAAUUUUAUCGUAUUAUUCGUUCGCUCAUUAAUUGAUCCAACAAUAACUAAACAUGGAAAGAAUCUAGAACCAACGAAUUAUCGUGCCGGUGGUGGUAGUGGAGGAGGCGGUGGCGGCGGUGGUCGAUACGAUCGACCACCUGAUGGACGACCAAGACGACGUAUGGGUGGAUUUGGUGGUACAGGUGGAGGACCAGGUUGUGCCCCAAUGGCCGGUGGGUGA